AUGGCCAGAAAGAAGUCUGCUACUAAAAGAGCAAGAGAAGCGCUUGAGAAAGAUACAACUCAAGGUGCAGCAGAACCGGUAGUCAAGGAUAACAUUCCUAAGAAGAAGAAACAAAUUCAGGAAGAAUCCAACGACGAAGAUGAAUCUUCCUCAUCUGAAGAAGAAGAUGAAUACGGUAAUUUAAUCACUAAUAAUGUUCAAGAAGGGAUUAACAAAAUAUUAAGCACUCUUAAAAGUGACCCAAAAAGGUUAUUAGACCCUGAAGUGAAAUUCUUUGAAGACCCAGAAAACGAAGAAGUCGGUUCUCAAACCAACAAGAGUAAAGAAACGCCAAUUUAUUUGAAAGAUUAUCAUAGAAUGAACUUAUUAUCAGGUGAUUACAAAGAUGAUGAUGAUAAUGAGUUUGGAACGGUAGAUGGUGAAAAACCAUACGCUAUCACUCAAAGAGAAGAAAGAAAUCAAUUAAUCUCUGAUAUUAAAAGCCAGUUUAAUGAUGAGGAUGAGAAUGAUGAUGAUGAUGAUGAUUUCUUAACGAAAAAAGAAAAUGUCAGAUCUAGAAACUUCGAUGUAGAAGAGACGAAAUUGCCAGAUCCAGAAGUCAAUCAAGAAGAAUUCUUGAGUGCUUUCAUUGAUAAGCAAGCUUGGAUUCCUAAGAAAAAUGAUAAAGUUAUCGAUUUAGAUAAAAUUGAUAACGAAGAUGAUGAGCAGUUUGAUCAGGCUGUGGAAGAUUUUGAACGUGCUUAUAACUUUAGAUAUGAAGAUCCAAAUUCUGCAGAAAUUGUUUCGUAUGCUCGUAAUCAAGCCACAUUAAGAAGAUCAGCAACUAACUCUCGUAAAAGACAAAGAGAUAAGAAGAAUGAAGAAAAAGAAAAAGAAGAAGAAGCCAAAAAGGAGUUAUUGAAGAAAAAGAAAACUGCAAAAUUGAAUAAAGUCAUGGAUAGACUUGAAAAAAUAAAGCAAGCUGUUGGUAAUGAAGUAGAUGAUGAAAUCAUCAAAAAGGUAUUUGGCGAUUCCUUAUUAAAUGACGAUUUUGAUGAUGCGGAUUGGGAUAGCAAGAUGGCAGAAAUUUUUAAUGAGCAGUACUAUGAUGCUGAAAUAUCUAAGCCUGAAUGGGAUGAAGAUGAUGAAAUCAUGGCAGAAUUCAAUAAUCAGAAACAGAAUGAUGCAGAAGAUGGUGAUGAAUCCCAAGAUGAAGAACAACUUGAAGAGGGCAAUGAAGGAGAGCCACCGUUAAAGAAGUCUAAGAAGGAGAAGUUAAAAGACAAGAAAGCAGCUAAGAAAGAAAAAGAGUCGUUAAAAGAAAAGGCACAAGAAAUAGUUGAGGCUAAUACGGUAAAACUUCUUGACGAAGUUGAAGAGGAAAGAGGGCGCUCUAGAGGUAAUGACGAAGUCAAAUUCAAAUACCGUGAAGUUUCACCUGAGACAUUUGGAUUAACUACAAGAGACAUUCUUUUGGCUGAUGAUAAACAAUUAAACAACUUUAUUGGGCUCAAGAAAUUUGCCCCAUACAGAGCUAAAGAACUCAGGUUGAAAGACAAAAGGAAAUACACGAAAAAGAAGCAUUUGCAAGACUGGAGAAAAGAAGUUUUCCAUGAUAAGAAUGGGCCAAAGCUUCCAAAGGAAAGUUCUGAGAAUGAAAUAUGGAUUCCAGUGGAUGCAGCUGAAAUUGAUUCCAAGCAUAAACAUAAAGGACAUAAGAAAGAUAAGAAAGAUAAGAAAGAUAAGAAAACUAGGCAUAAGAAAUAG